UCCCAUGUGCAAAUGAUUGGCUUUCUAUACGUCCCCCCCAGUAGUUUACCUCUUCUCGGGUUGGCGAAAAGUUCGAACCUUUUUCCCCCCCCACUCCCUCCCUUUUCAGGUUUAUGUGCUGGGCUUUUGGAGCUCUAAUAAAGAUGGCAAUUUUUUUGGAAAUGGAGUCGGUUUUGCCGGAGAUUCUGGAUAUGCUUCAUGCAUUAUCGAGGCUAAGAUGUGUAAUAAUUGACUCGAUUAUGACUUAGCGCGCGUAAAAAAUUGUCUUGGCUAAGAUAGUUCGAGGGUGUGACUUUAACCAAGAUUUGAAGUUUCCCACGCUAAUUUAGCGCGAUCGAAGUUCAACUUUGGAGCUGCUUUUGAUGAAGCGGUACUUGUUAAGUCAUUGGCUCCCAAGAUCUUGCCAUGGUGGACUCGAACGGCGGCGUCAUAAUACUUGACCGAUCUGAGGUAGGAAUGUGUGAUUGGCAAAUUUCUAUCGAUGCUCGGGGGAUUGAGAUAGGGAGGCACAUCUUCCUCGGGUAACCAUUUCCUUGAGUACCUAUUUUUUGCAUCAAGUGCACAGAAGAUCCAUUUUCAGUAAAGUAUCGUCUCCGAAGAUAUUCAUCCAUUGAGGGUCUUAAAACAGACUCAACUAAUCAACGGUCAUUUGCUUAGAUGCAUUUAAGUAGCUCAAUAGUUUUGCUCCGUACUUUAGGGUUGUCCGAUGUCAAACAACUUGUGCUAUCAAACUGUGGCAACUUCUGAUGAACCCUUUCUCCUGAGGAGAUUUGUGGAAGGAAUUUUUUGUUUUCUGACAGAAAUACAGAGGUUUGUGGACUCAAACUUUUGCAGAAUAUAUCUUUGCCCUAUUGCCCUUAGUCAUGAAGGAUUUUCAAAUUUAUUCUGCUUUUAAGCAUGGAUAACUUGGACCUUGGAAUUUUUCCCUUCGAUGGAAUUCUGUGACCCUGGCAGACUUUGAGGAAUUUCAGAUAUCUUGGAUGAAGUAGAGAGCAUGGAAAGGCUUUGCUGAGGGAGGGAGGGAGGGAUUGUUCUGUUUGUUCUUAUGCACCAUGUCUAUUUUGCUCACUGGAGUAGAAUUGAGCUCCAUUUCUCUAAGUUCAACUUUAUGGUUAUUCCAGUCAAGGGAGAGAGGAACUUAUGUGCACUCAGAAUUUUAACUGAAGUUAAUCAAUGGAAUCAAUGGAAGCAGUGGUGGUGGAACCCAGUGCAAUCAACCCCGGUCCGAUUGAUGUAUCUGUUCUUUAUGAUCAAGAUAAGCAUGUCUCAUCAGCAGUUUGGGAUGGACAGGAGCGUGGUGCACUAAGAUGUCAUGAGCACACAUCCAAGCUGGAUCAGUGGAGACUCACCGCCAAACAGAUAGAGUUAGUUGACAAGGCUGGAUUUGGGUACUUGAGGUUAAUUCCUGCUAUCAGUCUGGACAAUCCGCUUAUCUCUGCUUUAGUUGAGAGAUGGAGGAGAGAGACAAAUACGUUCCACAUGAAUGUUGGAGAAAUGACAGUAACUCUCAAAGACGUCGCUCUCUUGCUUGGACUUGCAAUUGAUGGAGACCCUGUCAUUGGUUUCACAUAUACAUCUUGCAGUAUCGUCUGUGAAAAAUUCCUUGGGAAAACCCCAGAAGCUGGGUAUGCUAGUGGUGGCAUGGUCAAGUUAAGUUGGUUAAAAGAGUUUUUCUCUGAUUGUCCUGAAGAUGCUCCUCUUGAAGAUAUUGAGCGCCAUACACGUGCAUACCUAUUAUAUCUGGUAGGAAGCACCAUAUUUUCCACUACUACAGGGAACAAAGUCCCUGUAAUGUACCUGCCAUUGUUCGGAGAUUUUGAACAAUGUGGAAAAUAUGCUUGGGGUGCAGCGGCACUGGCUUUCUUGUACAGAGCACUGGGGAAUGCUUCUCUUGCUUCUCAGAGUACUAUCAGUGGCUGUUUGACCCUUCUCCAGUGUUGGAGUUAUUACCACUUAAAUAUUGGGCGACCAAAGCUCAAACAUGAUCCAGCCCAUGAUUGCUUUCCUUACGUACUUAGGUGGAAAGGGAAACAAAUUGGUCCAACAGCCAACCGUGAUGUCGUUUUCUAUCGAAAGGCAUUGGAUGCCUUGAAAGCAUGUGAUGUGGAGUGGCUCCCUUAUAGACAUAUGGACAGUAGAGUAAUACCUGAAGAUAUUAAAAACCAUCUUAACCUGGGAAGAUCGAAGACAAUGUUGAUAUGUUUCGACAAGGCUGAAAGACACCUUCCAGAUCGUUGCUUAAGGCAAUGUGGAAUGCCUCAGCAUAUUCCUGAGGACGUGCCGCAGUGGCAAAGGAAAAAUCGCGGAGUUGAUGGAGGUGUAGAUUUAUCAGGGAAGAUGGAAUUCGAGCUUAACGAGUGGGUGAAUCGCAGCCUUAGUAUUGCGGAAGGUGAUGAUAGCGUAGAUGAGAGUGAAUACAUGCAGUGGUACCUAAAGAUUACUCGUCGAUUUGUGGGCAGGCCCAUCUCACUUUCAUCGGAGUUCCAAAGAACAAAUUCUGGUUUAAGGGAUAUAGCCCACAUUGCCGACACAUUCCCGAUAGAUGGUCUAGAUCCCCAGCAGGUAGAAUCAAUAUCAAGGAUCAGGUAUAUUGCCCAUGAAUGUCUGAGGGGCCAGGUUGAAACCCCGGUCAUUGGAUCAGGUCUCGCAAUAACAGAACUUGGUAAGAGGGCACGAGGUAAGGAAAAGGUUAGGAGGAAGAGCUUUGUGAAACGAAAGCACAAGGAUGAACCAAUGGACUGCGAUGGAACCAGUGACGAUGAUCGGUCACAGUUUCAUGGUGCAGUUGUAAAAGUUGAUGAAUUGCCACUAGAGCCUACCGAAAUUGACAACACUUCGCAGCUAUGUAAUUUGGACACAGAGGACCAUUCACAGAUUUGUCUUGUAUCUGUUGAUGGCGAUCAUGUGCAGCUCUGCGCCGUUACGGAUGGAGAAGCCAAUCAUCAACAUCCAUUUCAAACCAUUGGUGAACUCACUGAUGUGGAGCCAUUCCAUGGAGUUGAGAAUGGUGGAUCACAGCUCGAUGCCAUGUCUAUGGAAGUUGAGGAAUCACAAUUUUGCAGUGGAAAUAAGGAGGUCCUUGAUCCACAUUGCCAGAAUGCAGCGGAUAGGGCUGAUGACUCACAUUUGUCACAUGUUACUGGCGAUAUGGAAUCACACACCGCGGUGGAGGUGUGAAUGCAUCUUCCGUAAUUGCAGUAAGUUGUUGGAGGCAUCACAAGACUGAGCGGGGCUUCUCAUGUACUAUCUUAACCACAUUAACGUGAGGUGAUGUCAGCCGUGAACGCUCUGAUGUCUGCAAUAAGUUAGUUUUGGCCGACUUAUAUAUGUUCUGUGCAAUACCUGAGGUCGAGAUCCUUCAACAGUUUUUGCUGAUAAACCAUAUCAGCAUCAGCUUUAUUUGAACGCCGGGGAGAAGCUCAAGUUUCAGUCUUGAGAGGGUAGUUUUGUUUUAAUUUUUUUUGUUCUUUCAUAAGCCACUAUGAUUGAUUUAGUAAAUGUUAGACAAACUUUUUGUAGGAGCUUUAGCAGCAUGCAUCCGCUUGUUUUAUAUUCAAGGCAUGCAGAAAGGUUCUGUACAGAGCUCUUCUCUUGGCUUGUUGUGGUAGUGUGAUAUAUUUGUAACAUAGGUAUGACCGAGGCAAUCUUCCCUAUUCAUAUUCUGAUAAAUAGAUUCUAAACUAGUGAUGAAGGAUAUAUUUGGUUU